AAGUAAAUCUUAAUUGUUGGACAAAGAACUAAUACAACUACAGUUGUUAAUAUUGAAAUAAUAAAAUUUAUUAGAUCGAGCAGAAUAAACAAUUCAUUUCAAUAGUUUAAGAUAAAAAUACAUUCGAGGACAAUAAAAAUAGUCAUAACCGCAAUCUGCUAGACUUGCUUUUGUUGUCAUAUGUAGAUGAGAAAAUCAAGGAAGCAAAGUGAAGUUGUGAAGUAGAAUGGAAACAAACUUUUGUUCUAAUAUAGGUACAAUAGACGUUUAAUGUCAGUCUUUUUGACUAUCAGAAAUUAGUCAACACUGAUUACCUGAUUAGGGUUAAGUUAAAAAUCAGUGAGCUCUAAAAUACUAAUUUGUCUAAGCAAUCUUGAUGUGUAUUUGGGUGAAACCAUGGAGGAUCAACUGUGUUUGGACAAAGUUCUGCAACUUCUCAAAAAGCCACAAAGUGGCAAGAAAUUGGUGCACAUCCUAGCUGCACUCAGAAAGCAUGUGAAUGGAUCUAAUCAUCAACAAGCCAUUGACAUCAUCAGAAAAUGUAAGAUGCUGAAACAAAUAAUUAGUUUCACUCAGUUUGAUAACAACCUGAGAGUUGUUGAUCUAACACUUAGUAUUCUGGGCAAUUGUUGUAUGAAUGCAUCUGUUGUGCACCAUGUGGUAAAUGAAUUGCACAUUCAUCAGAAUUUGUUAAGAGUUCUUGACAAACAUAAAAAGGAUAGUAUUCAGGGGCGCGUGUUUCGUAUUUUUGGGAAUAUAUGUGAUGCAUAUGAGCCUAUCAGAUUGAUGCAAAAGGAGGCAAAAGUGAUAUCUGUGACAAAUGAAUUUCUCAUUGAGUAUGCUGGUCAUUCAAGUGAGGAACUCAUUUAUUCUGUGCCAACAGUCAGUAUGGCGCUCAGGUAUACUAGGAAAAUGCUCAGUGUUCUAACUUACAAUAGUUUAGUACAUGAUUAUAAAAUUAUUUUGACAAUUGGAAUGGUGCUCAUAAAAUGUUCCAAAAACUGGACUCAGAACAAGAAGGAUGAUGUGUUGAUUACUGAUAUAUUGAAAAUACUUCAAAUUAUUACAUCACCUUCAUAUAAGUAUAGUAAUCUUAUUCUUGAUUUGAAAAACACACCCAAAGGAGAUGCACUGCAAUCACUCGGAGAAAUUAUAUUAAUUGAACCAGAACGCAUCACAAAAAUCAUUUUAAGACUGGCGCGAAUGUCGAAGAAUUUAUCUGACUUACCAAUUGAAACGAUAAUUACAAUUCUGAUUACACAGGUUGAACAGCAAACUAGUAAUGUCAAUGGUUCCCAACGGCAUCUUCUCUCGUGUGUUUCCAAUUUAAUGGAUCAUCUAGGAUUUCAGGAUAUAUUCAAAAAUGCCAAUAUCGUAAAUACUCUAAUAAAGCUUUUACAAGAGUACAAUAGUAACGAGGACUGGUCUGUGCAAUGCUGCAUUUAUAUAAGCCAAUCGCUGAAUAACUGCAAAUACAAUGAGGAACUUGUGAAUUCGCAGUUAAACGCUAAUAUUAUUCCAAUUAUAGUCAAGAAGUUGGAAGUAUUGACAGGAAAAUCGACGGGGAAAAUCUCUUUACAGAUGCAUGAAAAGAAAGAGUACAAAGGAACAAAUUGCAAGAGAAUGAAACGAAUUGAUGACGACACUUUCCGAUCAAUGGACGUUGAUCGGAGCUCGGAUCGUUGCGCUAGUCCUAGUUCAUGUAGUGAUGUUUCCUCUUGCGGACCAUUUUCACCUGCAGCUACAUCAAAUUUUACUGGCGAUGAUUCCGACUCGGAUAAUUAUUCACCGCUUUGCAGUGAGACUGAAUGUGAUGAAGAGUAUCGAGAUGAAAAUGAAGAGAUUCAAGAAUUAAUACCCUCAGACACGGAUGACCAUCGACCGACGUAUACUCAAGACCAAAUGGCGUUGCGGUGCAAAUUAAGAUACGAAUUAUGCUCGCUCUUGAAAUUGUACUGUACUGUGAAACCCAUACAUCAACAUUUAGGAGAUGUUAAAGUGAUAACAAUUAUAAUUAAUUUAAUGCUGGGUUCGUUUGUUACUGAAGAGUUGAAUGAAAAGGAAUAUUUCAUUAUCAAAGCAAUCACACUAACACAUCAAUUUCUAAUACCAUUUAUGGCGUCUGAUUUGAUUUCACAAGUAUAUGAGGUGCUUGAUACGGAACAUACUGAUAUCUGCAGUGAUUGUGAUUUGCUUCAAAUCAAGGCGAAGCAAAUAAUUUCUAACUUUUUAACAACAGGUGAUUCAAACGGUAUUAAAGGAGACAUUGCAUAUAUUUUACUGGGGAAGGAUAGCCAAGAAGUCAAGUCGAAAAUAGCUUUGUCAAUACCCUAUGUUAUAAGAAAUAAAGUAACAUUAGUAAAAUUACUAUUGGAUUAUGGCGGUCUAAAUUUAUUAAUGAAUCAACUAAAGGAGGAAAAGGAUCGCCGAUUGCAAGAUAAGAUUAUCAAGUCAAUUUGCACUUUGGCAUCGACGACAUUAAGAAUUCGAAAUCCAGUUCAGAGAAAAGCGUCCUCGCGGAAAACAGCUCGAGGUGCACUGACAUCUCCGAAAUGUGAACAGUCUGUUAUCAAAAUUGGUUUUUAUGUAUUACCGGAAGAGUGCAAAAAUACGGUCACUUUCCUACUCGACGAUGGCACCAGAAUAAAUGCUGAUCGUGAUCAAUUAAAUAACAAAUCAGAUUAUUUUAGCGCACUUCUCGGCGGCUUCUUUGUAGAGUCCCAGUCAAAGGAAGUUUCGCUAAAAGAUGUUUCUUGUGAUUCUAUGAAGUGUUUAUUGGAAAUACUCAAAACAGAUUAUUUAUCCACUGGCAGUAGUUUCAGCAUCGAUUAUCAUCUGGAUACUAUUUUAGAAGUGUUGCUGCUGUCCGAUCGGUUUUUACUCAGUGAAUUAAACUAUAUGUUAUUGUGCCACGUGCAGCAAUUAAUAUCGCUACACACGGUGCCAACGAUAUACAAAUGGUCGAUUGAAUCUGGCACGAAUAUGCUACGCAUUGAUAGUAUAGCGUACGCGUUGGUCAAUGAUAACACGUACAACGAUAAGUUGGAAUUGUUUAAAAAUCUCUUCCAAAUUGGGUACACUGCGGAACUUGUUGAGGAUAUCACGAAACUCAUUUGUCAGUUUUUGUGAUCGACGAGGCAAUGUAUUUGUUAACGUUGUAAAUACUAAUGUUUGUAAAAUAUAUAAACAGUUAUUCAUUAAAAGCUUA